UUUUUUGAGUUGCACAAUCAUAUUUAGUCCAUCUGAUAUCCCAUCACAAGUCACAUCUCGGCAUCAAUCCUCAACACUCUCACACAAACAACAUCUUCAUCAGCUGUCUGCCACUCUUCUCUCAAUCAUGGGUCGCUUCGUCCUCUUCGGCUGCCUUUCUGCUCUGGCCAGCCAGGCCUUGGCCAACACCCCCCUCCUGGAAGAAUUCGGGAUCUCGCCCGUCUUCCCUCCCCACGGCUCCAUCGACCGUCGCGCCAUCGACGAUUCAUGCUUCACUUCCGUCGUAUCGAAGCUGUCGCCGCCUGAGCCCAGCAACACGGAGCUCCAGGACUGGGCCGCUACCGAAACGGAGGCGAUCUCGGCUUGCACCAUCACCGCACCCGCUUCCCUCUCCGACGAGGUCAUCAGCUACCUCGACGAAUUCACAACCUGGCUCGCGACUGUCGAGUCCGUGGCGGAUAGCAUCGAUACCAAGUGCGGCGCCGACAUCUUUACAUUCUCCGUCUCCAUGUCCUGCACAGAGUCGCAUACCGUGGUUUUCACCGAGGAGGCGUCCGGCACGGGCACCCCUGGCGUCGUGAGCUCGACUGUGAUGGAGCCUAUGGACGCGCCAACCGGAACCAUGUACAUUGGCGAUGGCGAUUCCGCUGCUGCGCGGAACGGCGGUAUGUCCAAGGUUGCCUUGGUGGUUGCGGGUGUUCUCGGCGCUGUUAUGGCCUUCUAGAUAGAACACUCUUGGCUGAAAUUUUAGUUAUAAAUACCCAUUCAAACGUUUCUCAA